AUGGGAGCUGUUAUUGUGCUGGUUGUGCUAUUUGUCACUGUUGCAAGUUACUUCAAAUGGAUACACACAUACUGGAAAAGACGUGGAAUAAGUGGACCGGCAGGUUUGCCUUUUAUCGGAAAUUAUUACGAGCUGGCGGAUGUUAACAGGCCAAGAGGAUAUCUUAUUCAUAAAUGGACACAGCUUUCAAGUUUAUUUUUGUGGAUUCAUAAUUUUGUUUUAAAAUUCAGUAGUCUUCAUUUGAAAUCCUCAGGGAACAUUAAAAUCUUAUUUGCUAUUUAACCACCUGGGUUUCAGACGUUUGGGAAAGUCUUUGGCUACUACGAAGGAGCUGUUCCAGUGCUAGUUGUAUCCGAUUUGGAUAUUCUACAAGAACUGUUCCUCAAGAAAUUUG